AUGAAUGCAAAAACCAUUGUCCAUGCACUUUUUCAUCAAUUGACUAAUGGUUGCAACAAGUAUAACUGUGAUAACAAGGAAUGCAGAUCCUGCAAGGAUUUCAUGUAUUCUUUUGCAAAUCCAAACGAAGCAGCGAAGACAGCCAUCACUCUUGCAAAAGACUAUACCAAUCACAUUUGCAAGGGUCUCCCACCGGCUUUUGCUCAUCCAGAAUACAUAGAAGUCUCUAAAAAGUUUGCAGAAAUUUUGAAAACAUUAAUUGCCAAGAAAAACCUUGAUGAAGUCAAAGCUGAACUUACAACCUUACUUAACACAAUCUUCUCAUCAGUUGAACAGUUCGAAUACCUUUUCCUUGUUAAUGACCAAAUGAUUACAAGAAAGAACCUUUCUAUCAACGAUGAUUUGAUUCAAGAUGUUUCAGAACUCUUCUAUCAAUACUCUGACUUCUUCAUUACCUUCACAUCUCAGUUUACAAACUUGAUUAAUCAAAUCGUCAGUUCUUAUGAUUAUUCAGCCCAUUAUCUACGAGCAUUUCUUGUUAUUGGUGCUUUCAGAUUCUACUUUGAUGAUGAAAACGGAAUUGUUUCUGAGAUAUAUGUAAAAUUGAUGGAUAAAAUGCAGAAGAGCCUUCCAAAGGAUGCCAGACUUGACUUAUUCGAUCAAUUCAGAGCAUCCCCACAUCUUGCAUACAAUUAUCUCCAAAUGUGUCAUUAUAAUCUCACAUUAAUGGCUCUUCUUCACGAAGGACCAGUAACAUUCACAGAAUCACAAUCUAUUUACGGUACAACAACCGAUUUCCUCAUCAGAUUACGUGAUUCCAGUGAUUCUCCAAAUUCUAUCCUCAAAACACGAGAUUUCUACAACGAUCCAUUCUCAGAGAAGAUCAUAAACGAUAUUAAGGAGACUCACAGGUUCAACUUGAACUCAAUUGAACCUUCAAGAGCCGUAAUCAAUAUUGAGACAAAAUCAGAGAUCCUCCGUGCCGUCCUUAGCACAGACCAAGAGAUGGCCUCUCGUGACAGUCUUUUCGAGAGCUUCCUUCGAGGAAGAGUCAAUGAAAACGAUAUCCAGUUAGUAAUCAGCGUCAGACGUUCUAAUCUUAUCGAAGACUCCAUCCGUGAGCUCAGCAAAGUCAGCCAAAAGCAGCUCCAGCGUCGUCUUACGGUCAAAUUCGAAAAUGAGCCUGGCGUUGAUGCCGGCGGUGUUUCUCGCGAGUUCUUCUACUUGAUUACUGCCGAAUUGUUCAAUCCCGACCAUGGCAUGUUCACCCUUAUCGAUAACUCUUUCUAUUGGUUCAACAUUUCAUCCAUCGAACAAACAUACCUAUUCAAUUUACUGGGUACGAUCAUUGGCUUAGCUAUUUACAAUGGCGUUAUCCUUCCGAUCAAAUUCCCAUGUGUGAUGUACAAGAAGCUUCAAGAACUCGCAACUUCCGUAGAAGAUCUCAAGGAAAUCAUGCCACAAGAAUAUCAAUCUCUUAUGAGCCUUAAAGAGCUUGUUGCCGCAGGUGAAGACAUCGAGGAUUGCUGCUUAACAUUCUCUGUCACUUACAACAAGUUCGAUGCUCAAGUUACUGAAGAUUUAAUCACAGAUGGUAGAAAUAUCCCAGUUACAAGCGAGAACUUCGAUAACUACGUCAAGCUUUACGUCGACUGGUACUUGAAUAAGUCAGUUGAUAAGAUGUUUGACGCUUUCAAGAAGGGAUUCGACAAAUUAUGUCAUCGCCCUGAAUUUAAGAUCUUUACACCGGACGAAUUACAAGUUCUUGUAUCAGGCGAGGACGUAUUCGACUGGGAUGCCCUCAGACUCGGCACAAAGUACAUAGAAGGCUACAAAGAAACAUCGACAUCAGUUAAAAUGUUCUGGGAAAUCUUCAACGAGCUCCCUGAAGAGAAAAAGGUCAAGUUCUUGCUGUUCUCUACAGGUACUGAUAAGGCUCCUGUUGGCGGAUUGGCCCAAACUCACUUAGUCAUACAAAGAUCAGCUGAUGACACGAAAUUACCUGUUUCCCAUACUUGUUUCAACAUCUUCGCACUCCCUGAUUACAAGGAUAAGGAGAAGAUGAAGAAGAACUUACUGAUUGCUUUAGAACACACUGAAGGUUUCGGAUUGAAAUAA